AUGGCAAAUAAUUUGAUUGUGGGUUUAUUAUUAUUAUGUGUAAUCUUUACAUUACAUGUUUAUUCAAGCGACUCGCAACAAUCGCCGCCGUUCAAUACUUACACCAUCUCCAGCUUCUCCUAUGGCAGAACUCUGGUCAAACCGUACGACUGGCAUUAUAUCAAAGUUGAAUUGCCACCAUGGUUCUCUUCGUUGUCUUUAGCAUUGGAAUCAGAUGUCGACCUCGAUUUAAAUAAAAUAAACAACGCAUCUGCAAGCUCUCUGCCGAUGAUAUGCUUUCGAGAAGGAAGCCCUCCUCUCCCUGAUGUAUAUAACACAUCUCUAACGGGCCUAGUGAUAGAUCGCGUUUCGAAUGGUUCCUUUAUUGGGACACAAAGUCUUCAAAAUGUCGACAAGUGUUACCCGAUGCAGAGUAAUAUAUCAUUACGAUUGACAAACGAGCAGAUUUCUCCAGGCACAUGGUACCUUGGGCUAUUUAACGGCAUUGGAUCGAUAAGAACACAGUCCAAAAUGAUUAAUCGAGGCUCUGCGUAUUCCUUUAGCGGAAAUGUCACUGUCGAGGGAUGUUCGACCUCGACAAUGUUGGGCCAAUUUUGCAACCAAACAGUCACUGCACUCUCGUGUAACGACAGCUUUAAUUUAACUGGAAACGGGAAAAAUAUCAUUUCCUGCCAAAAUUCAAACGGACUUGUUUGUCACGAAAACGACAAACCGAAUAUGUACUCGUUCGAUGUGAUGGCAAUUUCGGAAGAGAUAUUUAUUUCGACAGCCAAUUUGACAUUCAACAAUACGCAAUAUUCAAAUAUCACGGGUUUGAUGUGUUAUGCUAGACACGGGGCGAUGCCAAGCAAAUCCGUUUAUGAUUUUUCCGGUGAAUUGAGUAAAUCCCCUUUGGUUAUAAAUUUUCCGAAAAUCGGGAGGUGGUAUAUUACUAUUCUACCCAUUGAUAUCUCGAAUAAAAGUGAGGUGGCGCAAAUAAAUAGUUCGAGAUUGUGCUAUUUCUUGGGAUUGCAAGUGCUUCAGUGCCCUAUGGGUAAAGCUGGAUCGAACUGCACAUUUGAAAGAUACAAUCUUCAGACAUUGUUAAGGAAAAACCCAUCUCUCCCAUUCGAAUCAAACUACAUACCGAUAACCGAAAAAUUGUCAUCACCGUCACCUAAAUUUCCUCUACAACCCCUUGUGAGUAACUUCUCGACUGGAGGAAACACCACCGAUUCUUGGACAUAUUUCGUGCUAGAUAUUCCCAACGGUGCAACCGGAGGAAAUGUCCAUAUCGCCCUCACUUCUGAUACUAAGAUUAGUUACGAACUCUACGCAAGAUUCGGGGGAUUGCCUUCUCUUACAACAUGGGAUUACUUCUACGCAAACGGCACAAGCAGCAGCACCGGUUCGAUGUUUUUCAAGCUGUAUGAUUACAGUGAGAAGAUGAUUAGUUUUUAUAUAUUAUAUGUUAGAGGAGGAACUUGGAGCUUCGGUUUGAGACAAGUGGGCCGCGCUGGUUCGACCGGUGAAACUGAUAUCUCGUUGUCGCUCGAGAGGUGUCCGCAGAAAUGCUCUUCUCACGGGACUUGUCAAUCGGUUUUGGAUACUAGUGGACUCGCUUUAUACAGUUACUGUGCAUGCGAUAGGAACCAUGGAGGUUUCGACUGUAGUAUCGAACUUGUAUCACAUCGAGGUCACAUUCGACAGUCGAUUUUCCUCAUAGCAUCCAAUGCUGCAGCUAUCCUCCCUGCCUAUUGGUCCCUACGGGAGAAGGCAUUUGCAGAAUGGGUUCUUUUCACAUCUAGCGGCAUCUCAAGUGCACUGUAUCAUUCAUGUGACGUAGGCACGUGGUGCGUCUUGUCGUUUCGUGUAUUACAGUUUUUGGACUUCUGGCUUUCUUUCAUGGCGGUUGUAAGUACUUUUGUGUACUUAUCGACUAUUAGUGAAGUCUCGAAGAGAACAAUCCACACUGUUCUUGCAAUUGUAACGGCUCUCUUGGCCGAAACGGGGCCCACCAGGUCGAAAAAUAUCGGUUAUGUAAUGGGAUUAGGAGCUGUAGGCCUUCUCGUUGGGUGGCUUAUCGAGUUCUCUACUCGUAAUCGUCAGUUGUUUUCCAUUUCAAGAGAGUUUCACAUGAAUCUUCUUGACAGAUGGGAAAGUACGAAAGGGUGGGUUCGUAAUAUUAUCAAGACUAUCGUAAAACGCUUCCGCUGGGGAUUUAUUUUAGCAGGUUUUAUCGCAUUGGCUAUGGCUGCGAUUAGCUGGAUAAUGGAGAGCACGGAAAGCUACUGGAUUUGGCACAGUUUGUGGCAUAUAUCUAUAUAUACAUCGUCUUUCCUCUUCCUCUGCUCGAAGGCGAUAGUUGCAACAUUUGAAUCUUCGGAUGGGAGCUAUGAGUUGACUCGGCAAAAUUCGUUCACCGGUGGUCAACAAAGACCCGAAGCAUAGAUGCGUUUUUUAUUUACUUUUUUUUUUUCCUUUAUAACUAUUAAUCGAGAUAUAUAGUCAAUAUACGUAGAAGUAGCUUAUUGUACAUUUUUCUACAUUUUCGGUACCAUUUGUGUAAAUAAAUUAUUUCAUGCGAUGGUAAUUUUAUAGAAAAUGUGGAAUUUUUUGAUCAAAA